ACUCAUACUUACACUCUUCAGAACAAACUUCAGGGAUCACAUUCAGAAUGAGGGUUCUGCUCGUUGUUGCCGCUCUUGUGGUUGUGGCCGGUGCAGCCAGUGUCUCUCUGGAGGACAUGGAGUUCCACAGCUGGAAAAUUAAGUUUGGGAGGAAUUAUGGUUCUGAAGAAGAGGAGUCUCAGCGUAAAAUGACCUGGUUGGCCAAUCGUAAGCUGGUUCUGGAACACAACAUGCUGGCUGACCAGGGCCUUAAAAGCUACAGACUGGGCAUGAACCACUUUGCGGACAUGGACAAUCAAGAGUAUCAGGACAAGUUUGCAAACUGCCUGAAACCCUUCAACCGGAAUAAGACCAACCCUGCUCCUGCAUUUCACAGACCAGCAGUUGGCGCUGCUGUGCCUGAGGAAGUGGACUGGAGGGAUCUGGGCUAUGUGACAGAGAUUAAGAACCAGGAGCAAUGUGGCUCCUGUUGGGCCUUCAGUUCAGUGGGGGCGCUGGAGGGUCAGAUGUUCCGGAAGACUGGGAAGCUGGUACCCCUCAGUGAGCAGCAGCUGGUGGACUGCUCCUUCCUUUAUGGAAACCUUGGAUGUGAGGGGGGUUUAAUGGAGGAGGCUUUUGAGUACAUCAUGCACAAUGGAGGUCUGGAGGCAGAAAGUACCUACCCUUAUGAGGCUGAGGAAAAGAUGUGCAGGUUUAAGCAGCAUGAAGCCGUUGCCUAUUGCAGCAGUUACGCGCAUCUGCCCGAAGGAGACGAGAUGGCCUUGAUGUCCGCCGUGUCCGUGAUCGGACCUGUUGCUGUAGCCAUAGAUGCCGGCCGUCACACCUUCCAGCUCUACGCCUCUGGUGUGUAUGAUGAUCCGUACUGCAGCAAGCGUUUGUCAAAUCAUGCAGUCCUGGUUGUUGGUUAUGGCUUUGACAUGGAACAAGGGGAUUACUGGCUGGUCAAGAACAGCUGGAGUACUGUCUGGGGUGAUAAGGGCUACAUCAAGAUGUCCCGGAACAAGAGGAACCAGUGCGGUAUUGCCUCAUACGCCGUCUACCCUGUGGUUUAGAGAUCGAGGCUCAGUGAAGGGUGUCUCCAGUCUGAGCACCAGCUGAAGGACUCCACCACCAGUGUGUGGCAGAACUACAGCGGCUCUGUGAACACAGCAUCUACAGCUGCUGCUGAAUUUUCUUUUUAUUAUGUGUAUUUCUUAUCCUUUAACUUUUCUCUUUUCAGAACUUCACGUUCACUCUGUAAAGCAACAUAUAAAACCAGAUUAAAAAAUAAACUAUAAGCAUUCCCUAAA